CAUUUUAAAUCAUUGAAUUCUUAAGUGUUAAACUAGGCCAUCAUCACCAUCAACGAUUCUUUGUGUGUUUGUGUAUCUGUGUUGUGAAACAGUUUAUCAGAUAUUAAUUUGUGACCAGAAAGAAAUUUGUUUUGAAUUUCAAAUUUCAACAAUCACAACUAAAAGAGAAAAGAUGCCACCUUAUUCAUCAAUAAUAUUAAUUUUCAUUGCAAUUGCAAUGAUGACCAAUAUGUCAAUAUGGGCACAACCAGCUAAUCAAAAUCGACCAACAUUGCGUGGUUUAACAACAUUGCGACCACCAUUUGUUGAAAAAGAUUUGAAUGGCAAACUAACUGGCUAUUUUGUUGAUCUUUUGAAUGAAAUGGCACAAAUUGGUAAUUUUAAUUAUACAUUAACCGAUUCGGUUAAUCAGGAUUCAACAAAUGAUGGAUUUCAAAGUCGUCCAACCGGUCUGAUUAAUGAAGUUUUCCGUAAUAGAGUUGAUUUUGCAAUCGCUGAUUAUCUAUAUCGUACGGCAAGUCAACAACGUUAUGUUGAUUUCAGUGAUUCAUAUAUGGAAUCAAAUCUGAGUGCAUUGAUACAUAAAGAUCGUAUCAUACAGAAUAAUAUCAAAACUAUUGAUGACUUAUUGGAUCAACGGUCUAAACCACCAGCAGUGAUACCGGUUGUAAAUCAACAACAACAAUCGUAUCAAUCACAGCAAUCUAAUCAACAACAACAGCAACAACCAGAAGAAAUAAUACAAUUAGGUACUGUACGACAAAUCUAUCGAGAUUUGAGUGUCGGUACCGAUCCAUUAAGUCGUCGUAUUUAUGAACAAUUGCAUAAUAAUCCUGGUAAUAUGGCCGAAAAUCGUCAGAUAGGCAUUGAAAGAGCAAUGAAAACACCAUAUGCAUUCAUACAGGAAAGUAUUAAUAAUGAAUUGGCAAUGGAUGAAAAUUGCGAAUUAAAACAUAUUAAAUUGGAAUCAACAAAUUUUCCAAUGGCCGAUACACAUUACGAAUAUGGUAUAAUUGGACAAAAAUAUUCCACACAUUUGGAGAUAAUGAAUCGUGCUAUACGUGAAUUAAAAGCUAAUGGCCGUUUAGAUGAAUUGAAACGCCGUUAUUGGAAUCGUAAAUGUAAUGGUGGUGUGAAUAGUUUUGAACAAUAUCGUUAUAUGUUAACCGUUGUGACAACAUUAUUCUCAUUAUUCUUGUCAUUAUUUAUUCUUAGUUAAAUAUUCUAUGCUUGCAAACGCACACACACACACACACACACACACCAGAGAGAGAGAGAGAGAAAGAAUAAUUGUCCACAAUGACCAAACAACUAAGAAUUAUAACCAAAAAAUAAAAAACAAAACAAAAAAAAA